GAAACAAGCGACUCGGUGACGAGGGUGAGUGACCGAACCACUCACAGGCGAGUGCACACCAAAAGUCGACAGUUCUAGCCCGAAUAUACCAUUAUUUGCCAUCGUUCAUGAGUGUGUCACAUCUUCGUGCUCCCCUUAAACACCUCAUUCGAAUGAUAUAAACCCUGCGAGUCUUUCAGUCUACCACGUAAGACGAUAGUAUCAAGAGGAUUGAGGGUCCCGUCCGCUCCCUUGUUACACAAGCUGGAUACCGCAAGCUAAAUAGCAAACUUCGAGGGAAACCGGAUCCCUGUCAUGUGGUCACAAGCGAGGCUGGCACUUGGCGAGCCCAACCAACCGAAGAGAGAAGCAGCAUUCCAACAUCGCAAGACACAAAAGGACUACGAAGCAAGUAGAAAACGCAGUUAUUCGAUUCCAUUCUUACUCACUCUCGAAUCCCGGCCUUUAGACAUUACACAUCACCAGGCGCGACAGUAAAUGGCGUCCGCACCCCGUCUCCGAGUUCCGCCCAAGGAGCCAGAGGCGCGCCAAGGGCAGGGAAUUGAAGACGACGCAUCCGGGCCCGGUGAGGCAGGACGCCCGGCUCUUCUCUCGUUCGAUGAGAUGCCGGAAUGGUUUCGACACGACAAUAAUCAGUGGAUCCUCCACGGUUACCGGCCCAUAUCGGGCUCGUUUCGCGCCUCGUUCCGCAGUUGGUGGUAUCUCCACAACGAGACGGUCAACAUCUAUUCCCAUCUCAUUCCGGCCAUUGUCUUCCUCCUCGGCGAGUGGUAUAUCUUGCAGUACCUUUCUAGCAAAUAUUCCAAUGUUAAUAGCACCGAUUUUGUUACUUUCUCGUUCUUUAUGCUUACGGCGACCACUUGCUAUACAUUUUCGGCCCUUUAUCAUACUCUGAUGAACCACUCUUACACGGUAGACCAUUUCUACCACCGACUAGAUAUGCUCGGCAUAGGGACCUUCAUAGUCGGUGACAUUGUCUUGGGAGUAUACAUUAUCUUCUGGUGUGAGAAUACGCUACGCAAUAUUUAUUGGUCUAUGAUUGGGGUUUUCGGGGCAUUUACCAUCGUCACGAACAUCCAUCCCAAGCUCCAGAGCCACAAGUAUCGCUCCAUGCGAACACUAGCGUUCGUGGCGACUGGCAUGUCCGUCGUGGCGCCCUUGAUUCAUGGGCUCGAUAUAUUCGGGCUAGACCUGAUGAACAAAAAAGCCUUCACUUAUACCAUGGUAGCAAAGGUAGGCUGCCUCCUAUCUGGAACCGGGCUUUACGCAAUGAGGUUUCCCGAAAGUUGGUGGCCUGGAAAAUUCGACAUGUGCAGCUCCCACUCAUUCAUGCACAUCCUGGUGGUCUGCGCCGCUGUCAUCCAGAUGAUAGGAGCCUCUGAUCGGCGGGACGAGCGGCGACUUUUCAACCUAGGUAGCGCUGCGUUCCAGGUGCAGGUGGUCUAUUGGGUAUGUUCGAGAGACUUUCUCUUGGCUCGUGAUGGAUAA